AUGGCCACCCGCUUCGGCCCGGGAGCGCAGCAGUUCCCAUCGCCGCAAAACGGCAACAUGCGGCCGGGCUAUAUGCGCCUCGGCAGCACGAACAGCGCUACUUCCCCCAGCCCCAACGGCGCCCCUUACAGCCACCAGCAACGGCAGCCAAGCGGUGGCCCCAGCGCGGCGCCAAUUCGCAAAGCGGACCGCAAGGAUGCCAAGGAGGUCGCGUGGGUGCACUGGCGCGCACUCAAGGACUUUCUGACCGCGUUCGGAGACAAGGAAUCACCGACCGCGCGAGCGAGCGCACGCGAAAAGCUCACCCGCUUGACGCGCCUCCAGUUCUUGGAACUAAGCACGGACGUGUAUGAUGAGCUUAUGCGCCGGCUCGCUGAGGAGAGCAAUAACCAGGAUGGAGCUGUCGCCCCGUUCUUACCGGUCCGCGACGACUUCCACCCGAAGCGCAACCAGGCGCGGCAAAAGCUCGCAACGUUACCAAAGAACCGGUUCAAGGACCUUUCAAGUGACGUCUUCUUCGAGCUCCGCAGGAGGUAUCCCGAGUUCGAGGCCGAGGCAACCAAGAGCGUCGAGGGCGAACAGGAGAUGUUGCACGAGGAGACGCUGCCUUCUGCGUACGCCGGAGCCGGAGGCGGCGUCCCUCCGUCGUCGAGCUCGUCCAGCUUGGCGUCGCAGACGCGUGCUCAACAACGACCAGCACACCACCGCAAGGGCUCGUCUAUGGGGAGCAAUAGCAGCAUCGACCGCGAGCGCAACAACGCUUCUGUGAACUCACAGGCCCGUGACCGCUACGCCAACCUCACGACGCCAACCAACGACGUGGUUGUGCCCAACAAGAGCCGGCUACAGGAGGAGGCGAUCGAGGUGCCGUACGCGCGUGACUCGCAUCACGAGGAUGCGCAGCCGCUCUUGCCGCAGAGUGGCGCUGGGACAAAUGGCAUGCGCUCCGAGUCACCGUCUCCGACGUCGGCGUCGCAUGACCCGAUGUCACCUGGUGCUACCGACGAACAAUACCUCGACCGCAUGUCAUUCUCGUCCAACAUGACAGGGGCGCGGAAGGGCAGCAUCGGCGGGCUCACCUCGCCCAAUGGCUGGGAAGACCAGGAACACAAGUUGCGCGCCGAAUACGAGUUGCGCAUCGCUGGCUUGGAGCGGAAAUUGCAGGCAGUUGAGGGCGAGCGGGACGACAUGCAACGCGAGCUGGCGGAUCAGCGGGAACGACGCAAGGACUACGAGGACGAAGUGCGCGGCCUCAAGGAGCGGUCUGCGGGGCACGCGGCGACGUUGCGUUCCAUGCAAGAUGAGCUCGACGUGUCCAGAGACGAGACCGCAACCGUGCGGAUGGAGUAUGACCAGAAGCUCCGACAAGCACAGGACGGGUUGAGGCAGUCGCAAGACGGGUUGAGGCAGUCGCAGGACGGGUUGCGACAGGCGCAGGAGGAGAUUGCGCAGUGGCGCCUGCGGUGCGACGGCUUCCAGGACGAACUCCACCGCCUCGAGACGGAGCGUGCAGACCGGGCAACUCGCGAGGUCUCGCCCGCGGCUAACGGGGAGUCGGUGGCCGAGCUGCGGAACGAGAUGCGCUCGCUUGUCGACGAGCUGCAAUCACUGUCGAUGCAGAACGACGAGCUCAUGAGCGAACGCGAGCGCGGCAACGAGAACCAGAGCGCGCUCGAGGCCCAGGUUGAGGAGUACCGUAAGCAGGCGAACGCGGCACGAACCGAGCUGCGUAACCUCAAGGCGACGUCAACAAUGUUCGUCUCGCAGCCACUGUCGAACGACCACCUCCCAGCCUCGCCGGACGGGAACAUUGCCGACGCGCACGUGUCGGCGUUCCAGAUAGGCAUCGACAGCCUGUUGGCCGCCGCCCGCUCAUCCGCACCGUCUGGUGUGCUCCCGUCCAUGAAGGCGGUCGUGGAGGCUGUGACGAGCAUUGGCGACGACGUCAAGGUGUUCGAGGAGAGCCCCAACUUGGAUGUUGACGUGUCGCGUCUCGAAUUGCUCAAGUACGAGUCGUCGACCCGGUUGUCGGCCCUCAUGUCGGCUGCGCGCAACCACGCGAUGGCGAGUGGGCUGUCACCCGUGUCACUCAUCGAUGCGGCGGCCGGAUACCUGAGCGCCAACGUGGUCGAGAUCAUCAAGCUGCUCAAGAUCCGGAGGACAGGGAGCACGCGCGAGAUCCUCAGCAAGCAGAGUAUGAGCAUCAGCGACAUGGUGCGCCGGAAGUCGGGUGUGUACGCGAGCAUAGACGAGGCCGAGGAGGACGCGGCGAUUGCGCGCGGCUCAGUGUCCCCACCCACGCAAUACGCAGCACCCACGGAGAGGAGGCCAAGUGGCCCAGGGAUGAACAUGAGUCCGCCGCGGGGGUACGGACUCUCCCCGAUUCCCGGAUCGCCGUCGUCGCGCCUCGGCACCGGCCCGCCGAGCGCGUUCGAGGCGCCCGAGCUGCGUGUCAAGUCGUUCCAGAGUGCCAGCUCGGUCAGCAAGCACUCGGGGAGCUUUGACCUCGAGCGCAAGGUUUCCGUAGCGAGCCGAGGGAGCGACUACGGUGACCGCGACCCGUUCGCGUCCGCGUCCACGCCGACACCGACGCCCGGCCUCCGCCUCAACUCUGCAGCAGGUACUGCGCCGACCUCGAUUCCUGUACCGGCCGUCACUAUCGCCAGCAGUUCGCCGGAGAACGUGCGCGGGCAACUCGAGCAGUCGACGAGUCCCGCGUACCAGAACCAGCCUGCCAACAAUCCGCGUGACAGCACAGCGCACCGCUCCACCAACUCGUACGACAGCAAUCCCCGUGCGAACGAGCCAUACACCAACCACCGCUCGAACACGUCGCACGACGGACCCCAAUACGCGAGCAACAACCCAUUCGCUCAGGCCUUCGGCGCCCAAAAUCCGACAUUCGGCCACCAGAGACAAUACAGCGAAAACCACUCCGCGUACAGCGACACCUCUGCUGGUCCAGAUGCCGAGUGGGACCAGCUCAAGCCGUACCUGAACACGCAGAGCAGCGCCCUCGUAAACCACAUCCAGAACCUGCUGGCGGCAAUUCGGACAGGCGGUCAAGGGCCAGCACUCAACGAGCACCUCUCCGAAGUCAUUGCAGUCAGCUCGAGCAUUGUUGGCGUGUGCCGCGCCUCCCUGCCUCCUCGACUGCAGGCGCCCGGCGAGCCCCUCCUGGCGGACUUGGUCGGUAACACGGACCGCCUGAGUGAGGCGCAGCAGGCUGCGGCUAGGGCUGGAGGCUUCGAUAAGGCCCUCAGGCAGGGGAUAGCCAGCGCGUCAUUCGGCGUAGCAAAGGCCCUCAAGGCGUUCAUGAAGGUCGGCGGGACGGCUGAGUAG